CGUCGAUUCAUGAAAGAGGAACAGACGCCAGUCUUUAGAUAGCAUUGAAUAUGGAAAGUUCGAAAUAUGACGGAUAUCAAGGUAGAUUUCGAAUGGGCAGUGAAACUAAACCGUUUUACUUUAAACUUGAUUGGACUUUGGCCUAAGGUCGCACGAAAUCCUCGGCAGAAAUUAAUGUGCAAUUUUCGAGUGCUGGUAACUUUGUUGGGAAUAAUCAGCCUUCUUAUUCCCUCUAUACAUUCCUUGAUAAAAAUUUUCGGAAACAGUUUGCUAAUGUUAGAUAAUUUACAACUUACUUUACCACCUAUAAGCUGCACGAUUAGAAUCAUGAUUUUUUGGUGGAAAAAAGAAGGUAGAGAUCAUUUGAUCGUAUUUAUAAGCUAUAAAA